AUGAGCACCUUUUCUGGCCGCUGGCGCUACAACUGGGCCGUGCUAUCGCCGCUCGGUCUCCGUUUUGGAGACUCGGCGGUGGCAGAGGCAAACGCCACGCUCGCCGCCAGGGCAGCUGGCCAGCCGCGUAGCGACAGCGACUGCUGGCACGCGACCGGUGUGCUCGCGACGGCGGCUCCAGCCGGGGAGCUCCUGCCGAUGCCGCUGCGCGGAUGCGGCUGGGCUCUGUGCAACACUCCCACGAUCGCCUUCAUGGUGUCGUCUGCGCUGCACCACCCGACGUGCACGCGGCGCAUCGUCUUUGGCCAGUGGCUGAACCAGACCCACCUGGCCGGGGUGACGUGGUGCAACCGCGGCGCGUCAGCCGAGGGAGACGGCCCAAGCACAGCCGUCGUCGCAGCCUCGUACAUCGGUGCUCUCGUCACCGCGAUCCCGAUCGCCGUCGGCGGCGGGAAGCUUUCGCAGCGGUCGCCGCUGCUCAAGCCGUUCGCGCGGUUCGCCCCCUACCCGGCCGUCGCCCUCGCGAACUUCCUCGGGAGCGCGUGCAUGCGCUCGUCCGACGCGACGCGAGGCGCACUCACAGCCGCUCGACGCUCCGUAGACAGCUCCUGCCUUAUAGACCACUUCCUUGACCGCUUCCUGGACGCACGCCGCGCCUCGCAGCUGGCGAGGCCGCGCUUCCCCCGCGCCUCGAGACCUCGGGAGGCACCCUCCGUAGGGGUUCCUGUCGCGGACCCGGCGGACGGGCAGCCGCUCGGCCUGUCUCGCGCCGCCGGGGAGAGGGCGGUCCGCGACACGUGCGUGACCAGGCGGCCGCAGCUGCCCGCGCGGCUCCGCCUCUCAACAGGAGCGUCCGGCGAGGUGUCGAUGUGUGGGAGUAGGCUGCUGAUGCCCGUCGGCAACUUCCUCAUCGUCCCCGCCGUGGUGUGGCUCUACACGGCGGCGCGGCGCAUCAGGCAGCCGAGCCUGGCGACGCAGGUCGCCGUCACCGCGGCGGUCUUCUCCGUCUGGCUGCCCACCGCGGCGUCCUUCUACCCGCCCGUCGGCAGCUUGGCGCUCGACGAGAUCGAGCCGCAUUUGCGCAGCGAGGCGGAGGCGCGCGCGAGGCGUGCGGGCAGGGUCGUCUCGCCAAGCGUCGAGUACGAGCGAGGCGUGUAG